GAUCAGGGGCUCAGUGCGUAAUGGUGUGGUAUUAAAUUCUAAUUAGAGAUGCAGGAAUCAAUGAUAGGGAGGUUGGACAGCUCAGUUCCCCAGUGCCAGCCCAAUAGACGGAUGAGUUAUUGUCAUGUAAAAAGCGCCAGCAAUAAGACCAACCGCUUUGCUAUUGUCCAAGUGGAAAGAGCCAAGUUUAUUAUGAGGACUAUAUGCUCUAGAGACCUCAGACAAGGCAUCUCAUAGGAGGCUUUUUCAUAAAACUAGGCUCUGCUGGUAGUAAGGAGGCCAGUUUGGAGGCAGGCGUUGAGCUGUGCACAUCUCCCCACUCCAGCCACCUUCUCCAUCCCCAGCUUUUAUUUCAUUUUUCCACUUGGCUGAGCCAUUCAGAGCCUUUUCAAUGUAUAAAAUGGAAUAUUCUUACCUCAAUUCCUCUGCCUACGAGUCUUGUAUGGCUGGGAUGGACACAUCGAGCCUGGCUUCAGCCUAUGCUGACUUCAGUUCCUGCAGCCAGGCCAGUGGCUUCCAGUAUAACCCGAUCAGGACCACUUUUGGGGCCACGUCCGGCUGUCCGUCCCUCACGCCGGGAUCCUGCAGCCUCGGCACCCUGCGGGACCACCAGAGCAGUCCGUACGCCGCAGUUCCCUACAAACUCUUCACCGACCACGGCGGCCUCAACGAGAAGCGCAAGCAGCGGCGCAUCCGCACCACUUUCACGAGCGCGCAGCUCAAAGAGCUGGAGAGGGUCUUCGCCGAGACGCACUACCCGGACAUCUACACCCGGGAGGAGCUGGCCCUGAAGAUUGACCUCACCGAGGCGCGAGUUCAGGUGUGGUUCCAGAAUCGCCGCGCCAAGUUCCGCAAACAGGAGCGCGCAGCAGCGGCCGCGGCAGCCGCGGCCAAGAACGGCUCUUCGGGAAAGAAGUCCGACUCGUCCCGGGAUGACGAGAGCAAAGAGGCCAAGAGCACCGAUCCGGACAGCACUGGGGGCCCGGGUCCCAACCCCAACCCCACUCCCAGCUGCGGGGCGAGUGGCGGCGGCGGCGGCGGCGGGCCCAGCCCUGCAGGAGCCCCGGGGGCUGCUGGGCCCGGGGGCCCGGGCGGAGAUGGCGGCAAGGGCGGCGCGGCGGCGGCGGCGGCGGCAGCGGCGGCGGCGGCGGCGGCGGCUGCUGCGGCGGCGGCCGGGGGCCUGGCUGCGGCCGGGGGCCCCGGACAAGGCUGGGCUCCAGGCCCGGGCCCCAUCACCUCCAUUCCGGAUUCGCUCGGGGGGCCCUUCGCCAGCGUCCUCUCUUCGCUCCAAAGACCCAACGGUGCCAAAGCCACCUUAGUGAAGAGCAGCAUGUUCUGAUCGCCAGCCGGGCGGGCGCGCGCGCGCACGGGCGGGGAGGCCUGAGGCUCCCGGGCGUCGCUGCCGCCGAGGCUUCACCUUCGAGAGCUGAAAGUUAU